GCCCUGGGAAACGGAGGGCAGUUUGGCCUGAGUCGUCCGUAUCUGAUUGUAGAAGGUGCAGGCCCCAGUCCCAUCCAUGUGGGUGAGCUGGCGGCGAUGGAGGCAGAGUCUGAAAGGUUGGACCAGGAACCCUGGGAGCCUGGAGGGCAGGAGGAGGAAGGGGACGAGGAAGGCCGGCCGGCCCCUGCCUAUCUGAGCCAAGCCACAGAGCUCAUCACCCAGGCUCUGCGGGAUGAGAAGGCAGGUGCCUACGCUGCGGCUCUGCAGGGCUACCGGGACGGCGUGCACGUCCUGCUACAGGGCGUUCCUGGUGACCCAUCACCUGCCCGCCGGGAGGGUGUGAAGAAGAAGGCAGCCGAGUACCUGAAGAGGGCAGAAGAAAUCUUGCACCUGCACCUGUCCCAACUCCCCUCCUGAGAGGGAGUGAACCCGUACCCAGGACUCUAGCUCCAGCACUGCCAGCGACUCCCUUUUACUCUCCCUGGGGCCUGGCCUGAUAUCCUGGUCUUGUAAUGCUAGGGGUCAUUUCUGUAUGUAACUGGACCAAGAAUGAGACAAAUAAUGAUUCAAAGCUCCUUGACCACA